GAGAUGAGGUGUUCAGGCGGAUGGUGGAGGCUUCAGAUCCACAGAAGGUGGACUCCAUGGACAGAGCCGAACCCACUCUUGUGGUCAGUGCUGGGAGUCUAGGCUGGACGUGAGGGGCUCCAGGAAAAGGCAGAGGCAGAGGUCUGAGGCCUGUGUCCAGAGGUCUGAGAUCAGAGGAGGUCCAGGCAGUACCAGGAGUCAAGGCAUCGUGCUCGUGGUCGAGAUGAGUGAGCUGAGCAAACCCAAGGAAGACCUUCAGGACCCAGGCGAGGCACAGGACCCAGAGGAGGCACAGCUCUUGGGGGCUGAGGGGGGGGAGGCUGCACCCCCCUCGGCCUCCUCCCCACCAGUCUCCUCGUCUGCUGCUGAGGAGGCCUUGCCCCAGGAAGCUCUGAAUAAAAUGGUGGCUAACAUGGUGAAGUUCCUGCUCCACAAGUAUCGAACCAAGGAGCCAACCUCUGAUGCCGAAUUGCUGAAUACGGUCCUCAGGGAUAACCAGCAGCACUACCCGGUGGUCUUCCGCCAAGCAGUUGAGUGUGUUCUGCUGGUCUUUGGCGUGGAUGUGAAGGAGGUAGACCCCAGGAAGCAGGUCUACAUCAUGGUUCCCUGCCUGGGCCUCACCUGUGAUGCAAUGCAGAGAGGUGGGCAGGGCCUGCCCAAGGCUGGCCUCCUGGUGGUGGUCCUCAGCCUGAUCCUCCAGAAUAGGGAUCACGGCCCUGAGGAGGAGAUCUGGGGAGCACUCAACAAGAUGGGGGUGUAUGUUGGGAGGGAGCACUCCAUCUUUGGGGAGCCCAGGGAGCUGCUGACCCAAGUGUGGGUGCAGGAGGGGUACCUGGAGUAUCGGCAGGUGCCUGACAGUGCCCCUGCUCGCUAUGAGUUCCUGUGGGGUCCCCGGGCCUUUGCGGAGACCAGCAAGGAGAAAUUCACAGAGUAUCUGCUCAGGGUCAGCCAAAGGGCUUUUAGGUCUUUCCCACUCCCUUCUGCAGAGGAUGUGAGGGAGGAGGUAGGGGGACCCUGA